CUUUAUUAAAGACACAUUAUUUCAGAGAGAUACACUCAGGAACUGAGUAUACUAUCAACUGCUUCAAAGAAAACCAGCAAAUUAAAUAAUAAGUGAAUAUGGGUUCCCUUAUGGCAGGUUGGGCCUGUAAUAUUCCUGACCCCAAAGUUUUGAAAUAUAAGAGAAACACGUCAUUAACAAAGGAAGAAAUAAAUGCCUAUUGGAGAUCCCAAAAAAAGAAAGAAGAAGAGCAUCCCAGAGAUAGUUCUAUGCUAUCCCCUCGCAGCCCAAAUCAGGCUAAUAGUACCUUUGAAGAGACUGCUAAAAAGGAGUACGAAACGUCAAACUCCGGGGAGAUUUUGGGUAUCAACAGUGAUACAAAUUGGGAGAAACUAAUCGAGAAACACGGCUGGUGGGUAAUUAGCAGUUUGGCACAUUUGAAUGAACCGCCAGUGCUAGCACCAGAAGAGGCUACUUACAAGCGUGCGUCACGGUUCAAUGCAGCCCCCAAUAUGAUUGCACCAAACACCAAACAAGCCCAAACAGGAUAAUCAACUCUUGAUGACUCAUGUUUCUGAAAUCAAGCUAGUUAAAUUUUGAUAUAGAGUUUGGAUGAACAAGCAUAUGUACAUCUAAGGUGUUGUUGAGCUUGUAAAUGUAAUGUGUUUAGGUGUUGUUUAUGCACGCUUGUAAAUUUAAGGUGUAAUGGUUUUUUUAGGUUUUGUUGAGCUUGUAAAUUUAAUUUGUUUCUGAGCUGCAGUGUCAACAUUCAAUAAUGUUUAGACGUAAUUGCAUA